AGACCAUCUUGCCGAUCGUCUUCUUCCCCAGGUCAGCUGUUCCCCCAUCUACACUCCUCCUGAAUCCUGAUCCAAACCCUAAGCCGUGGUGUGAUCCGUUCCGCCAUGGAAGCGACAGCUCCACCUCCUCCGCUCCCGCUCCUCCCAGACUUCAACCCAGGGGUCCGGUGCUUCCUCGACGCCCGAUUCCGCUCGGCGGUCGACCUCGCCACGGCCGCCGACGUCGAGGCCGAGAUCCGCGGGCGCUGCGCGGAGCUCGAAGCCUUAGUCUCCGACCUGUCCGUACGCAUAUACGAAGCUGCUGCUGCGUAUUCGUCUUGCCGCGAGGCUGCUGGUUCGGCCCUUCGUGGCGUUCGCGGCGGGCUUGGUGCCCUCAAAGCCUCCAUCUCCACAGGGGCUGGAGAAGAGGUGGAGGUGGGAACGGAGCAGAUGCAGUUUGAGCAACUCCCUGCUCUAGCCUCCGAGGUGGCGAGAGUGGAGAUGGUCAGAGAGUAUGCCGAAAUGGCUCUAAAGCUUGACAGUUUGGUGGGUGAUGUAGAAGAUGCCGUCUCUUCUUCUGUUACAGGAAAACUUAAAUCUGUUAGAGACAAUUCAGAGAAAACACAUCAUGUCACGAUUGGAUAUCUUAAAAACAUAGAAGACCUUUUAGCUUUGGUAACCGCGACUAGACCACAAUGGACUCAUCUUCUAUCUGCUGUGGAUCACAGAGUGGACCGAUCUUUAGCUAUAUUAAGACCACAAGCCAUUGUUGAUCAUCGAGCUCUUCUGUCAUCCCUUGGCUGGCCUCCUUCACUCUCUGGCUCAAAAUUUUCAAGUAUUGAUUCAGGGAAACAAGCAGAGAUUGUGAACCCAUUGUUUUCAAUGGCUGGUGACCUUAAGAGCAAGUAUUCUGAGAGCUUUCUUUCACUAUGCAACUUGCAGGAACUGCAGAAACGCAGAAAAGCUCGACAACUGAAAGGGCAUAAUGUGGGCAAUCAACUACGUCAACCAUUAUGGGUAAUUGAAGAGCUUGUAAAUCCAAUAUCUACAGCAGCACAACACCAUUUCUCAAAAUGGAAUGACAAGCCAGAAUUUGUUUUUGCUCUUGCUUAUAAGAUAAUUAGAGAUUUUGUUGAUUCGAUGGAUGAGAUUCUGCAGCCCCUUGUGGAUAUGGCCAAACUUAUUGGGUAUAGUUGCAGAGAGGAGUGGAUUUCAGGAAUUGUCAUUGCAUUGUCUACAUAUUUGGCAAAAGAGAUAUUUCCUAAGCAGAUCGAGCUUCUUCAAGAAAGUAACUCAAGUGAUACAGGCUGCACGCCGUAUCAAGCUAGAGUCUCAUGGCUCAGCCUUGUUGACCUGAUGAUAUCUUUUGACAAGCGAACUCAAGAUUUAAUCUCAGGUACAGGACUGCUACUUACGGUAAAGGAUGAUGACAAUUGGCAGAGGAUCUCAGUCCUCUCUGUCUUCUGUGAUCGACCAGAUUGGCUUGAAGUGUGGGCAGAGAUUGAGAGACAGGAGGCUCUUGAUAAACUGAAAUCAGCAAUGGAGUCGGAGAAAAAUUGGAGUGCAAGGAUUGAGGGAACAAUGCUUGAGUACGGAUCAGAUGAUUACAAGUCUCCAGCAAUCACCACUGCUGUUCAGCAGAGUUUGUCUUUGCUGAUUGAUCGUGCCCGUCCUAUCCCAAGCAUUACACUUAAGGCAGGAUUCAUUAGGAUGUCUGCUUCACCCAUUAUAUCAGAAUUCCAUGGUUACAUGCUCCGGAGGUGUCAAGAAGCAGAGGGGCUAACUGCUCUGGCAGAUGAUAAUGCUCUGCUCAAGGUAUCACAUUCCAUCAAUGCUGCUCGAUACUUCGAAUCCACAUUGACAGAAUGGGGUGAGGAUGUUUUCUUCCUUGAGAUGGAAAAUUUAUCUGUAAAUGGUGAGGGUGGGUGUAUCUUUCAGCAAGAGAUAAAUCAUCUGAAAGAGUUCAGAGUGGAAUGGGUUGAUAAGAUUACCACUGUCCUUUUGCGUGCAUUUGAUUCACGUUCUCGUGAUUAUCUGAAAAACAAGAGGCAGUGGCUGGAGAAAUCAGAGGGGCCUGCUGUAUCCAGAGCCUUCAUAGAAUCUUUAGACUACAUGCAAGGGCAGCUAUCUAAACUGGAAGGUGGCCUAAAUGCCCUUGACUUUGUGACCGUAUGGAGAAGUGUUGCAUGUGGGGUAGACCAGCUGCUUUUCGCCGGCAUUUUCACAGGCGGUACAAAGAUUAGCAAUGGUGGAGUAGAAAGGCUUCAGGGCGACCUGAGCGUUUUAUUUGCUGUAUUUUCAGCGUGGUGUCUAAGGCCCGAAAGCUUCUUCCCAAGACUGUCCGAGGGACUGAGGUUACUGAAGGUUGACGAGCAGCAGCUAAGAGAUGGCGUGUUUACAGAUAAGAAUUGGCUGAGGGAAUAUGGUAUUAGGCAUCUGACAGCUGCUGACUCUGAGAGGAUAAUAAAAAAUCGGGUGUAUGAGGCAUGAUAGUAGUUCGUAACUAACAUGAGUCUGUAACGGUGAAAAAGGAAUUACCAAAUUUAAAAGAGUUUACACUGUAUUACUUCAUACAGAUUUGUACCUUCUCAUCAACUGAUCUAUUCGUAGAUUGGUGUAAUAAGGUACCCUAUUAAAAAAAUAUAUACGGAGACAGAUGAUUUUUUUUGGCAUGA